UCCAAUGCGAUAAAUAUGCGCACUGUGUUAAGUCUGUUUACAGCAAUUUUCCUCGGUGCUGUAUGUUGUCAAAAAUUGAUAGGUGACAUAUGUAUCAUAAAAUCAACGGGAGCCAAAGGAGCUUGUACACUGUUUGCCAACUGUGAAAAAGCUCGCGUAGAUUUGAAGCAAUAUUUUCGAUUUCCUCAAGUAUGUGGUUUUCAAGAAACACAACUGAUAGUCUGCUGUACACCGAGACGAAUACCAGGAGAAAUCAGUAAAGCGAAAUGUGAAGAAUAUUCUCGGUAUGUGUAUAAAACAUCAGUACCUCCCAUUGCACUAUACGAUGCCAAACCAGUUACAAGAAACGAGUGUGGACACCAGGUAACCAAAUUAAUUGUGGGCGGCGAAGCAGCUGGAAGAAAGGAAUUUCCACAUAUGGCAGCUAUAGGCUACGAUUCACCUGGCGAAGGAAUAAAAUGGCUUUGUGGUGGAACAAUUUUAAGCGAAAGAUAUGUAUUAACGGCCGCGCAUUGCCUGUCUGAUCAUAAUGCAGGCAAUGCGCUGUGGGUAAGACUUGGUGUAACCAAUCUCAACUCAACGUACCGUAGACAAGAAAUUAAGAUAUCUGAGCGGAUACCUCAUCCUGAAUACAAGCCGAACUCUUAUUACCAUGACAUUGGACUGCUACGAUUAGAAAAAGAGGCUCAACUAAAUUCGUACUCAAGACCAGCAUGUCUUUAUUUAGACUCAAAAAUUACAAAGAAAAGAGCCAUUGCAACAGGAUGGGGCCACACAUCUUUUAAUGGAGCUACUAGCAACGAUUUACUCAAAGUAGUCCUUGAUCUUUUUGAUCAAAGUACAUGUGGCGCAUAUUAUCAGAACUAUAGGAAAGUGUCACAAGGUAUUCUAGACAAUCUCCAGGUGUGUGCCGGUUCUGUGGACGCAACCAAAGACACGUGUCAGUCUUUGUCCGACGUACUGUGUUUCCACUGAUAAAGAAUGCUCGCACUUCUUAGCAUUUUAAGUAUGGGAAAGAUACCUGCUUAAAUAUAGUGCUUCAGACGAAGACAGAAACAUACCAUUUUACAACACCUUACCAAAAUUAAAUAAUUUUAUCAUAUUAUGCUAUCUAAAGUUGCAGCAGUGAGUUGCGUAAGCGCAAAUGACCAACUUGAAAUUGACGCUUAAGUGUUGUAAUGUGGUAAAUUUGACUCUCUACCUAAAUUUGCUAAUAACGUUUGUUUGUAGUUAGUAUAUAUUAAAUAACUUUCUUUAUAGGGAGAUUCUGGUGAUCCUUUACAAAUAUAUCACCGUGGUGAUGAGAUAAAGUACAUGUACGACAUUAUAGGUGUAACAUCGUUUGGACUAGGCUGUGCCGGCAGUCCUGGAGUCUAUGUGAGAGUUUCAAAUUAUAU